AUGGCAUCUUCUACCCAACAAGAACCCCACCCCUCACUACAUCAGUACAAUGACGACGAUCCAAUGCCGGCGGCGGUAGAAGACGCACGGCAGGUCAGAAUCGAGGGGACUCCACACUGCCUUGCUCUCGAUACUUACACUUCCAUCUAUUCACUCUACGUUUUAGUUCAACUGGUUGCCCCGCCGAUGUCUGAAUUCCGGCAAGAGCUCCGGCAUGCUCCGAUCGACCUCGUUAUAGUGCUCGAUUCGAGCGAAUGCAGCUUCGACGACUCGUACAUGGCUCACAUUAAAGAAGCACUUCAUUUCGUUAUACAGAACUUAGGCCCCUUCGACCGGCUUUCGAUCGUGUCGUUCGCGAAUGAAGCUCGGCGAAUUUUACCGUUGCGCGCAAUGAAUGGCUGUGGGCGAGAACAUGCUGCGGCAGCAGCUGAGUCGAUCAUGGUCGAAGGUGGCUCGGCGAAUCUCGCCAAGGGGUUGAAACAGGGGAUUCGAGUUCUUAACGAAAGGCGCACCAACAAACCGGUUGCGAGUAUUAUACUUUUAUCCCACACGCCGCAAGCGUCGCCUAUUCGCGACCAACAUUUCCAGUUUCCUAUUCACGCCUUUGGCAUUGGCAGGGACCAUGAUGCUGUCGCAAUGCACGCGGCGUCGGAUAUAUCCAAGGGCAGCUAUACGUUCCUCGAGUCGUAUGGAACAGUUCUUGGAGCGAUUUCUAGCUGUAUCGGAGGUCUUCUCAGUGCCGUCGCGGAAAAUCUUGACAUAAACUUAGCGGUGACCUCGCCAGUAGAAAUCGAAGAGGUGUACACCGGAGGGUUCAAAGUAAUCAAGUCCGGUAAAAAAAAUGAAGUUACAGUAUGCACCGGGGGCUUCUUCGCUGAUCAGAAAAAGGAAUUCGUCGUCCGUAUAGCGAUCCCUCAGCUGUCUUUGGAAUGCAUCGAUGGAUUUGGAAAGACGCCGCUGGUGCAUAUCAUGUGUAUAUACGUAGAUUUGGUGACACAACUACCGGUGUUCGUAUGUGGCCCCUUACUCGACAUGGACUGGCCGAAGAUGUUCUUGCCGGGUGAAGAAUUUCGACAUGGAAAUGAGAUUCAUGCAAUCUUUGCCUGCCUUAUUUGCGCAUAUCAGAUCGAACUUGCUCGAUUGUAUCUAGAGGAGGGAAAUGUAUCGAAUGCGAAGGAAAUUAUUUCAAAAAUGAUACAUUUCGUCGGAUCCUUAUCUUGCGCUGAUCGUGAUGAUCGAUGCCGUUGGGCUUUGGCAGAGAUGCGCGAGAUUCAACGAAGAAUAGGAAGUCUGGAGGGGUACAAAGCCGGGGGACGAGCUUAUAUGCUCUCGACUAUAAGUUCGCUAAAGUUUCAAAGGGCGACGACAAGAGGUGAUCGACUGCCCAGAGCAUUCACGACGCGAGAAAAAGCUUUCGACGAAAGCGACGAAGCUCCUAAAAAGGCUACAAAGAUAAAAGAUUAG